AUGGUAGUAAUGGUGUCUCUAGCCCAAGAUGUCCGAUAUAUAUUGGGUGUUCAGAUUGGAAUACUCUUUAAAGGCAGAGCUUGCACCAAAAUAAGAGAAGCUGUAAUAGGUUUGACAAAACAGCUUGCUCAAACGGCCCAGGAGACCUUUGGAGAUUUUGAAGAAGCGGUUGAAAAGGAUGCUACAAAGACUGCAGUAACUGAUGGAACUGUCCAUCCUUUGACAAGCUAUGUGAUUAACUAUGUGAAGUUUUUAUUUGAUUAUCGAUCUACCUUAAACCAACUUUUCCAAGGAAUUGAAGGUGAAGGUGAUUCUUCACAACUAGCUUCUGUGACUGCACGAAUAUUGCAAGCUCUUCAAACCAAUUUAGAUGGGAAAUCUAAGCAAUAUAGAGACCCUGCUUUGACACACCUAUUUCUCAUGAACAAUAUUCAUUAUAUUGUCAGAUCAGUUCGAAGGUCUGAAGCGAAGGAUUUGAUGGGGGAUGAUUGGAUACAACGGCAUAGGAAGAUUGUCCAACAGCAUGCCAACCAAUACAAAAGAAAUGCUUGGGCAAAGAUUCUUCAGUCCCUCUCUAUUCAGGGCCUCAUCUCCUCAAGUGGUGGGGGUAGUACUGCUGGUGGCGAUGGGGGAAGCAGUGGUGCUUCAAGAGCAGUUGUUAAAGACAGGUUCAAGACAUUCAAUACUAUGUUUGAGGAACUUCAUCAGAAACAAUCUCAGUGGACAGUACCAGACACAGAGUUGCGAGAGUCUCUCAUUCUUGCAGUUGCUGAAGUCUUGUUGCCUGCCUAUAGAUCAUUUGUGAAACGUUUUGGGCCUCUAGUGGAGAAUGUAAAGAGUAGUCAGAGGUACAUCAAAUACUCUGCUGAAGAUCUAGAGCGAAUCCUAGGUGAAUUUUUUGAAGGAAAAAACAUGAAUGAUUCCAAGCGGUGA